AUGGGGAAAGGAAGUAAUGCUUGCAAAAGAAACCAAGCAAGGGAAAGGAAAACUGUUGAAGUAAAAGGGGGAAAAUCACAAAUAAAAGCAAAUCAAGAAGCCCUUAAUGUCAUAUGCAAAGUAUGCUAUACUGCAUUUAUGAAGACACAAAGUAUUUCACAACUAGCAGAACAUGCCCAAAAUAGACAUGGAAAAGAUGUUAAAGAAUGCUUUCCUGAUAAAUUUUGA